UUUCCUUUAUAUUUUAAGCCUUGUGCAAGUAUCAGUUUAUUGGAAGGCCACCGGUCAUGGAGGCAAAGGCAGAGGCAAGGGCACAUUUUGUGCUGGUUCAUGGAGCAUGUCAUGGAGCCUGGUGUUGGUACAAACUCCUCCCUUUCCUCACAAAGGCAGGCCAUCAUGCCACUGCAAUAGAUCUUUCUUCCUGUGGAAUUCACUCUCUGGAUGCCCAUCAAAUUCAAACAUGGUCUGACAUAAAUCAACCCCUUACCCAUUUGUUCAACUCUCUUCCUCCCCAAGAAAAAGUAAUAUUGGUGGGUCACAGUAUGGGAGGCAUGAGUUUGAGCUUAAUGAUGGAGCAAUUCCCAGAGAAGAUCAAAGCUGCUGUGUUUUUGACAGCAUUCAUGCCUCUCAGUGGGAGUUCUGCCAUUGAAAUGAUAAGUGAGGUGCAGGCCAGAAUUCAGUCAUGGGGAGACACAGAAUUUGUUAUGGGGGAGAAUGGAAUUCCCAUUUCAUUCAAUUUUGGCCAUACUUUCUCAAGGCAAAUCUUGUACCAAAACUGCCCAACUGAGGAUAUUGCUCUAGGGGAAUUGCUUAGGAAGAAGUUUCCUUUAAUAGAUGAAAAGGUGAUAUUUAGCCAAGAGAGAUAUGGAAGAGUCCCAAGGGUUUAUGUAGUGGCCAAGGAUGAUAAGGCCAUUUGGGAAGAGUUGCAGAGGAAAAUGAUAGCUGAAAACCCUCCUGAUAGAGUUUAUGAAAUGGAAGGCUCUGAUCACAUGGCAUUCUUUUGCUAUCCUUCUCGUUUGGCUGAGAUUUUGGAUGAGAUUUCAAGCAGCUACCACUAAGUUUGCUAUGGCUGAAAGCCAGAAAAAAAUGGGGGAUGAAGGUUCUGUAAUCUUUUAGUCUCAGAGGAAAGCUUGACUUGUUAUUAUAAUUAACUUUGCUUUAUUUAAUACUUAUGAUAGUAUGUGUUAUUGCAUUUUAAUCUCUUUGUGUAAGUUUGGAAAAUCAAUAGCAUGUCCCAUCUACCACAAGUGGCGAGCACCAUCAGUGUUUAAUUUGAAAAGCAUAAAUAAAGGCAAAGUUGUGAUCCAAGAUGGAACACUUUGGCAAGUUUU